AUCACCGCAUCCAUGUGAUAUCGCACGUUCCUCGUCUCCUCAUUCCUGUUCAUUCCACUCGUCUUUUAUCAGCGAAGACAACGUUCGAUCACGCCGUUAUCGACUUUCAGCACGCUCGGCUUCCAACACCGAUCAUCGAUCGUCCAUCAAAGAAUUACCCCAAGGAUCGAAGAUGCAUAGAUUACCUACUGUAUUGAGAGGAGCUGCUCUGCGUCAGCUGCAGGCACGUACUUAUGCCAAAGACGUGCGUUUUGGGGCUGAAGUUCGUGCCUUGAUGUUGCAAGGUGUAGAUAUUUUAGCAGACGCCGUUGCCGUAACAAUGGGCCCUAAAGGACGUAACGUUAUUCUGGAGCAGAGCUGGGGAAGCCCAAAAAUCACAAAGGACGGCGUGACUGUAGCAAAGGGUAUUGAAUUAAAGGACAAGUUUCAAAAUAUCGGAGCUAAGUUGGUACAGGAUGUAGCUAAUAAUACCAAUGAAGAAGCUGGAGACGGUACUACUACUGCAACCAUAUUAGCUAGAGCAAUAGCCAAAGAAGGAUUUGAAAAAAUCAGCAAAGGUGCCAAUCCCGUAGAAAUCAGACGAGGUGUAAUGUUAGCAGUAGAUAAAGUCAAAGAUGAAUUGAAAAUUCUGAGCAAACCUGUCACAACACCCGAAGAAAUCGCUCAAGUGGCAACGAUAUCCGCUAACGGUGACAAAGCCGUCGGUGACUUGAUCUCGGACGCUAUGAAGAAGGUCGGGAAGGAAGGUGUGAUCACUGUGAAAGAUGGCAAAACGCUCAUCGACGAACUUGAGGUCAUAGAGGGAAUGAAGUUUGACAGAGGUUACAUUUCUCCAUACUUUAUCAACUCCAGUAAAGGAGCCAAAAUCGAGUUCCAAGACGCGCUCCUUCUCUUUAGCGAGAAAAAGAUCUCUUCCGUUCAAAGCAUCAUACCCGCUUUGGAAUUGGCAAACUCACAACGCAAACCUCUUGUCAUAAUCGCUGAGGAUGUGGAUGGGGAAGCUUUAUCGACCCUUGUUGUUAAUCGUUUGAAAAUUGGGCUGCAAGUGGCUGCGGUUAAAGCUCCCGGUUUUGGUGACAAUAGAAAGGCCACUCUUCAAGAUAUGGCGAUAUCCACCGGUGGCAUUGUGUUCGGUGAUGACGCCAAUCUCAUCAAAUUAGAAGAUAUUCAGCAAAGCGACUUGGGUCAGGUGGGAGAAGUCAUCAUUACAAAGGACGACACUCUCAUCUUAAAAGGCAAGGGAAAAAAGAUUGAUGUCGAUAGAAGAGCUGAUCAAAUCAGGGAUCAAAUUGAAAACACCACAUCCGAUUAUGAAAAAGAGAAGCUGCAGGAACGUUUGGCAAGGUUAGCGUCAGGCGUCGCCGUCCUGAGAGUUGGCGGAAGCAGUGAGGUGGAAGUUAACGAAAAGAAAGACCGUGUACAUGAUGCGCUCAACGCCACUCGUGCCGCCGUCGAGGAAGGAAUCGUUCCCGGAGGUGGCACCGCAUUGUUGAGAUGCAUACCGAUAUUACAACAGCUUAAGGCUGUGAACGGUGAUCAAGAAACUGGAAUAAAGAUCGUGGCGAAUGCUUUGCGUAUGCCAUGCUUGCAGAUCGCGCAGAACGCCGGUGUUGAUGCCAGCGUGGUAGUGGCCAAAGUAAGCGAGGGCAAGCUAGGCUACGAUGCCCUUAAGAACGAGUACGUCGAUAUGAUCGAAAAGGGCAUCAUCGAUCCCACGAAAGUCGUACGAACAGCACUUACGGACGCUGCCGGUGUGGCAUCGUUGUUGACGACGGCAGAAGCAGUCGUCACCGAGAUACCUAAGGAGGAACCUCAACCACCGAUGGGUGGUAUGGGCGGUAUGGGUGGAAUGGGUGGAAUGGGUGGUAUGGGUGGCAUGAUGUAAAAAGUAAAACACAAAGACUGAGAAAGACAGCCCAUGAGUUACACUCUUGUUUGUAAUGAAAUGCGAUUGUACUAUGCUACAUUGUUUAAAAAACUUUAAACAUCAAUUUUGUUCAAACGGAAUAAAAUAGAUGUCCGUACUAUCUCGUACAAUUUGUACUUCGAUCGAAACAUUACAGGCGAUAAAAUACCACUCGUGUAGUAUGAAGCUAUUUUUAUGAAAAACCAUUUCUACUUAUUUUGUUUUACGAAUCUGUAAUGUUAUGAGAAUCUAUUUAUAUGAAAAACGCUUGAUUUU